AUGCAAUGUUCCUGGAAGGCUGUCCUCCUACUAGCCUUGGCAUCCAUCGCAAUCCAGUACACGGCGAUCCGAACCUUCACAGCCAAGUCCUUCCACAGCUGCCCCGUCCCCAAUCCCAUGAACUGCAGCCUGAGCCAGGAGACUGAGUCGGCUGACAGACUAUGUGACGAGAGCCCAACCUUUGCUUAUAACCUCUCCAGAAAGACGCAUGUCCUGAUCCUGGCCACCACCAGGAGCGGCUCCUCUUUUGUUGGACAGUUGUUUAACCAGCACUUUAAUGUCUUCUAUUUAUUUGAGCCCCUCUACCAUGUCCAGUACACCUUGAUCCCAAAGCUAACCCAGAGCAAGAGCACCACUGACAGGAGGGUCAUGCUGGGCGCCAGCAGAGACUUGCUGAGGAGCCUUUAUGACUGUGACCUCUACUUUCUCGAGAACUACAUCAAACCCCAGCCGGUAAACCAUACAACGGACCGGCUCUUCCGCAGGGGGGCCAGCAAGGCCCUGUGCUCGCCGCCGGUUUGUGAAUCACUGGGGCCAAUUGACAUCCACCUGGAGGAAGGGGACUGUGUGAAAAAGUGUGGCACCUUGAACCUGACAUUGGCCACUGAGUCAUGCAAAGAGCAUGGGCAUGUGGCCAUCAAAACAGUGCGGGUACCAGAGGUCAGUGACCUCAGAGCCUUGGUGGAGGAUCCCAGACUAAACCUGAAGGUUAUACAGCUGGUGAGGGACCCCAGAGGUAUCUUGGCUUCCAGAAGCGAGACCUUCCGAGACACCUACAGGCUUUGGAGGAUCUGGGAUGGUACUGGUAGGAAGCCCUACAACCUGGAUGUGACCCAGCUCACCACGGUCUGCGAGGACUUCUUGAACUCUGUAUCCACUGGACUAAACCGACCACCUUGGCUUAAGGGCAAAUACAUGCUGGUAAGGUACGAAGACCUGGCCAGAAAUCCCAUGAAAAAGACUGAGGAGAUUUACGGUUUCCUGGGUAUUCCCAUGGACAGCAAUGUCGAGCGAUGGAUACAAAACAACACAAGAGGGGACAGGUCCUCGGCCAAACACAAGUAUGGGACUGUCCGGAACUCGGCGGCGACAGCAGAGAAAUGGCGGUUCCGCCUCUCCUAUGAUAUUGUGGAGUUUACUCAGAAUGCCUGCCAGCAGGUGCUGGCGCAGCUCGGCUACAAAAUGGCGGGCUCGGAGGAGGAGCUGAAGAACCUCUCCAUCAGCCUGGUGGAAGAAAGGGACUUCCUGCCCUUCUCGUAA